AUGAAUCAAUUAUUUAUUAAAAAUUCAAAUCUUAAUAAAGUAUAUUCUUUAUUAAGAACUUCAAUUUUUCAACAACAACAACCAAACUUUGGAUUAAAUAUUAAAAAAUAUUCAACAAAUGUUAAUGGAGAUAAAGAUUGGAUUACAAUUCCAAGCAUUACAGUAUGUGGUGUAGGUGGUGGCGGUUCAAAUUCAGUUAAUAAUAUGAUUUCAAAGGAAUUAUGUGGUGUCGAUUUUAUUGUUGCAAAUACUGACGCUCAAGCUUUAGCAAUUUCAGGUAGUAAAAAAAUUGUUCAACUUGGUAAAUCAAUUACAAAAGGUUUAGGUGCUGGUGCUGUCCCAGAAAUUGGUAAAAAAGCAACUGAAGAAUCAAUUGAAGAGUUAAUGAAUCAAAUUGGUGACACUCAAUUAUUAUUUGUUACUGCUGGUUUAGGUGGUGGUACAGGUACACUUGGUGCCUCUGUAGUUGCCUCAGCUGCUAAAGCAAAAGGUAUUCUUACUGUUGGUAUUGUCACCAAACCAUUCCAUUUCGAAGGUAAACAUAGAAUGAGAUUAGCUGAUCAAGGUUUAACAGAACUCGAAAACUCUGUCGAUAGUUUAAUCGUAAUCCCAAAUCAAAAGCUUAUGGAAAAUUCAGAAGAUCUUUAUAUUGGCAAUGCUUUCCAAAUGGUCGAUGAUGUUUUAUACAAUGGUAUUAAAGGUAUCUCUGAUAUUUUAGUCAAACCAGGUCUUAUCAAUCUUGAUUUUGCCGAUGUUAAAUCAAUUAUGUGCAAUAGUGGCAAAGCUUUAAUGGGUGUUGGUGAAGCUGAAGGUAAAGGUCGUGGUGAAGUUGCUGCACUUAUGGCUCUUAAUAACCCAUUAUUAGAAAAUAUCGAUAUCUCUGGCGCUAAAGGUGUACUUUUAAAUGUCACAGGUAAUGACCUUAAAUUACAUGAAGUCGAUCAAAUUGUAAGUUUAGUUAGUAGCAAGGUAGAUCCAAUGGCAAAUAUUAUUUUUGGCUCAAGCUUUGAUCAACAAUUAGAUAGUAGAAUUAGAGUUACUUUAAUUGUUACUGGUAUGUCACAAACUAUUAGAGAGCAACAACACCAAAGAGUUCAACAAUCAGUUCAGCAACCAAUCCCACAAACAAUUCAACAAACAAUCCAACAACAACCACAACAACCACAACAAUCAGCUCAAUUAAAUUCAGAACAAAUAACUCCAAAUAAUAUUUUCAGUGCUAAUAUUAAAAAUACCCAAGAACCACAUCCAUUAAACCAAAACUUAUAUCCAUACCAACAAUAUCAACAACAAGCUCCACAACCACAACAGUUUCAACAAGCUCCACAACCACAACAAUAUCAACAACAACAACAACAACAAUUUAACCAAUUUCAACAACCAAUUCAACAACAUCAACAAUUUAACCAAUUUCAACAACCAAUCCAAGAACAAAAACAACAAUCAAGAUUUAUGAGAAAGUUUUCAGAUCUAUUUACAAAUUCAAAACCAGAUAUUAAUAAAAAUACAACACCAGGUUCAAACUAUGAAUAAAUAAAUAUAAUUUUAAUAAAUAAAUAAAAUAUAUAGUAAUUUAAAC